AGGAUCCAUGGACAAAAUAGACUAGUGUGAAAUCCAGCAUAUUGCUAAAUUAUACCCAAUAGAUUUUGUGAAACCAGCUUUCAAUCGCUGUGCAACAUCUAAAAAUAUAUAUAAAAGGUGAACUAGCACGACCAAAGACAUUACACUGAUAAUUUCAUGGUGGUUCUGUAGUAAGCUAUAUGGCUCAAUUCAACGUGAUCAUGACUUGCUUACUGGUCGUCUGACUCUUCUAAGGCAGGAGGCCAAACCCAAAGUACCUGGGGAUGAGAUGUAACCUCAUCCAAUUCAUGAGAGACGGGAAGCAAUGAAGCAAGAAAUAUCGGCUUGAUUUUCUUUCCUCGGGUGCCAAAGCUGUGAAUUGUGGCAGUUCGGUGUGGCUCGAUCUGUGAAGGCAAUGAUCACGCCAGUUAGGUUUCGAAAGUUUCUAGCAAUAGGAAAGAGCUGUCAUAACCCUCGCGAUUUUUUAACUUUAGAAUCUCCAUCAGAAUAUGUAGCCGGGUCUUUUGUGGGCACUCUUCCGGUCCAGCAUCAGGUACGUUCUUGGCUGUGGAAGCUACAUGUCUGAGAUGACCAACCUGAACCCCAGUUUUACUUUCAGAAGCCUUCUCGACGAAUUCCAGAGGCCUUUUCGGGAUGAGCGGAAGGCUUGCGCCAACCUAAGCCUUGUUUUGUCAUCAGGAGUACAGUGGGUUUCCAAGGCGGUCAGUUCAUGCAUUGUUCAUCGUCACGUAGCGGGAUACCUUUUUAAAUAGCUCUACGAGUCAUGCAAACAACUGUUCAUUCAACGUCUCCAAGCUUUCACACACCAUAGACUUCAACGAAGGAAAGCUGAAAAGUUAGAGACUACCUUACAGCUACAAGGGUAAUGGAAGAGUAUAUGCCACUGCCUCGCGCGGAGCUUUUGCAAUGUCAGUGAGGCAAUGACAGCUUGAUCCUACCCUAUUCAAGCAGACCCUCCGAUUGACCAUACCGAGCCUGGAUCAGGAUGCCCAUCUUGCUGGAAUAAGAGGCUACAAGACAUGUUACUUGAUGUAGUGUGUGUGCACAUGCUCGACACUGCACAACACUACGGGCCUUUUACCUCCGAGCUCACAAGGCAGCACCUCACAAUAAACCCCUGGGGAGGUGGAAUCCUCUGGGGAGAAGGCCAGGGAGGGAGUGAUCCCCACCCACAAGGAACACCCGUAAAAACCUUCGAACGUUCACCUCUUCGCAUCGCAACGUGUCGCCUAACGUUCUGGCGCCCGCGACCGUUCAUCAGGUUAGCCACGCAACACGAGGCGCGCAUGGCUGAUAUGAAAGCACAGUUGACUCAUGAUCUUAAAACUUACCCUGUAAUUCGGCGGCGUUGUUGCUCAAGGGCCAUUUAGCUCGGAGUUCGAGUCGGGAAAUGUGAAUCCAUUCUAAACAGCAGUCGGCGAGCAGAGGAACCAGUAUGGCGGCUACAAGGCGGCUACAGAAGG